AUUAAAGAAGAAAACGUGAAAAAAUUAAUAAAAAUUAGGAUUACCUAAAAUUUUAGAAAAUUUUUUACUAGAAAAGUUCCUAUUUGUAAAAGGCUACAAAAUUCAUCGUAAACAGCGCAAAAGUGACAAAAAAGUCAAGAUUGUGCUACCUAAAAAAAACGAAAAAUCUAAAGGAGGAACUGCCGGCCGGUGUGACGAAGGUGGUGGUGGGAGAGGUGGGGGUAAAAAUAAUAAUAAUAGACCAGGCGCUGAGGAUUUGACCCCGGCCUCUACGAAAAAAUCUACUAAUUCAUCACCUUCUCGAAAAGGAAAGAACAAUCUAGAAGAACACAGUCAAGCGCAUGACCAUCAAGUGCAAGUGGAAACUGGUGAAGGGAACGAGGUCAGCAGAAUUGGGAAAGAAAAGUUACAAACUGAUUUAUCAAACAAACAGGACUUGACAAUGCCAGAAACAGGUUGCAAACAUUUUCAGGCCUAUGUAAAAGAACAUACCCUUGACACUUUUCGCAUAUUGGAUGCAUUUUUCUCGACACCUAUUAACUCUCAGGCGCGAGAAAAAAAAGCGCAUUCGUGCUGUUGCUUCGAGUGCGGUAGUUACGGUAUGCAGUUAUAUGCCUGCUUGCAUUGCAUUUAUUUUGGCUGUCGUGGCUCACAUAUUACCGGUCAUUCUCGUGCCAAGAAACAUCCAAUCUCAAUGGAAUUGUCGUAUGGCACAUUGUAUUGUUAUUCAUGCCGCGAUUUUAUAUAUGAUUCUAAAUGUCGAGAUCUAGCUGCAAUUAAUCGCAAGUUAGAAGCAACUGAUUUGCAAAAAAGUUUGGGAUUUCAACCAUGGAUGCCAACUUUAAAAGAGACGAAUUUAAUGAUUAUGAAUCCACGUCGGCGUGUUGUGCGUCCUAACGAAACUAUUGGCUUGCGUGGUUUGGUCAAUCUGGGCGCUACUUGCUUUAUGAAUUGUAUAGUGCAGGCACUUAUACACACACCGCUCCUGAGUGAUUAUUUCCUAUCCGAACGUCAUGAAUGUAAUAAUAAAUCGUCUAUGAAAUGCUUAGUCUGUGAAGUAUCGCAAUUGUUUCAGGAAUUUUAUUCAGGUGUACGAUCUCCGCUAAAGCUGCACCGUUUGUUACAUUUAAUAUGGAAUCAUGCUAAACAUUUAGCAGGCUAUGAACAACAAGACGCACAUGAAUUCCUUAUAACAACACUCGAUGUAUUGCAUCGGCACUGUGUUAAGGCAAUGAAUGAAAAUGAGAGUGUCAACAAAUUACCGCCAAUCGCUAAAAUCAACUGUCCAACACAAUGUAGUUGCAUUAUUGAUCAAAUAUUUACUGGCAUGUUGCAAAGUGAUGUAGUCUGUCAAGUGUGCAAGGGUGUUUCCACGACAAUUGAUCCCUUUUGGGAUAUAUCACUUGAUUUGGGUGAAGCCGAACAUGGCGGAGCCUCGCCGAAAACACUUAUCGAAUGCUUAGAACGAUACACACGAGCCGAGCAUUUAGGUUCUAAGCAGAAAAUUAACUGUUCCACGUGCAAUUCCUAUCAGGAAUCAACAAAGCAACUCAGUUUACGUACGUUACCCGUUGUUGCUAGUUUUCAUUUGAAACGCUUCAAGUAUUCGAAAGAUAAGAAAAUAGAUAAGAAAAUAUCGAAUUUUAUAUCAUUUCCUGUGGAAUUCGAUAUGACUCCUUUUAUGUCAGAGAAAGACAAGGUUUAUGGUGAUUUUCGCUAUUCAUUAUAUGCAGUUGUGAAUCAUUAUGGCACAAUUGGUAGUGGUCAUUAUACAGCUUACGUACGGCAUCACAGGGAUAUUUGGGUUAAGUGCGAUGAUCAUACAAUUACAUUGGCUACUUUGAAUCAAGUAUUAGAUAGUGAGGGAUACUUGCUCUUUUAUCAUAAAAAUAUAUUGGAGUAUGAAUAGAACGCGGUAUUAGCCAGGGCGUCACUAUCAAGAGAGAUAUGACAUUGAAGACGUCAUAACGCCAGUACUAUAAUGCAGUAUAUAUACUGACAAAAUAAAUAAAUGCAUUACAUAUAUACUAUAUACAUAUAGUUUUGCAGUCCCUCCUUUCAUCAUUUACGUCGUGGAGUUCUACAUAAAUAUAAUUGUUAGUUUACUUGUGUGUUGUGUGUUAAACAUUUUACUUACACUUAAAACAAUUUUGCGACUGCUCCUACAGAGAUUUGAAGAGAGACAGACUGCAUUUUAGUAUAUAAUUAUGUCAGUUACUAUUUAAAAUUUUUCAUAUUAUAUGGAACUUCUCUAAAAGGCUUAGUUCCAAAGCUGUUUUCUUUAUGUUAACAACUACUGAAAAAAAAAAAUAUAUAUAAACGACAUGACAAAUAUUUUCUAAUGCUAAUGAGAUUUAUUCUAACAAUGUAAAUUUAUAGUUUUCGUUAUACUGCCUCUUACUUAUUUAAAGCAAA